GGCCCGCGGGCUCAGUCGGAGCGCGGCGGCGAGCGAGGGCGGCGGCGCGGAGCGGACGCGGGCAGGCGGACACGCAGACAGCUGAGCCGGAGCGAGCUGAGGAUGAUAAACACCCAGGACAGUAGUAUUUUACCUUUGAGUAACUGUCCCCAGCUGCAGUGCUGCAGGCACAUUGUUCCAGGGCCUCUGUGGUGCUCCGAUGCCCCUCACCCACUGUCGAAGAUCCCCGGUGGGCGAGGGGGUGGCAGGGAUCCUUCUCUUUCGGCUCUGAUAUAUAAGGACGAGAAGAUCACUGUUAACCAAGAUGUCCCGGUGCAUGAAGGGAAGCCUCAUAUUGUCCACUUCCAGUACAAGGUCACAGAGGUGAAGACCUCUUCCUGGGACGCAGUGCUCUCUAACCAGAGCCUCUUUGUGGAAAUCCCUGACGGAUUAUUAGCUGAUGGAAGCAAAGAAGGGUUAUCAGCACUGCUGGAGUUUGCUGAAGAAAAAAUGAAAGUAAGCUAUGUCUUUAUUUGCUUCAGGAAAAGCAGAGAAGACCGAGCUCCGCUCCUGAAGACAUUUAGCUUCUUGGGCUUUGAAAUCGUGAGGCCUGGUCAUCCCUCUGUCCCGUCACGGCCCGACGUGAUGUUCAUGGUGUAUCCCCUGAAUCAGAACUCUUCAUCUGAUGAAGAAUAGCUGCAGCAGGGGGACUCCAGUGUGACCCGAAAAUGCUGUUGAGGGGAGAGAGGGUUACACCUCCUUUCUUGAGGGAAGGGAAACCAAGCUUCUGUUGGACUGACCCUGCAUUUCUCAUUGUUAGAUUGGCCUGUGUAUCCUCAGAGUUGACUAUCUCAUUGAAAUGUGUUGCCUAGAGAACUAUAUAUACACACAUGUAAUCACCAAAUAGUAAGUGGAGGAUGUCUCUGAAGGGGCGUAGGAGCCGUGGCUGUGGGCGGCGUGGCCCUGCACGGCAGCACCGCGGUAGAUGCAGCAUCGACUCCUUGACCUCUAAACCCGUGUUGGCCCUCUCUCCGCUGUGCUCGUCUGACAGACUGCCUCGGUGGUUUUCACUCAGGACUCUCCAGUAGGAGGCCUGUCUGGCUGUUAGGCACCCGGAGGAGACGUGCCUGAGUUUAACCUUUAACACUACGUGACGCCCCUGAGUCUCUGCGUGGGGCGGCUGAUGCUGUUUUAACUGGGCUAACCCCUUUUCAUUUUUUUCCUUUAUAAACCUUUUGCUCUUCCAGCUUUUGUUUCAAGCAGUCUUAACUCUGUUCCAUGUUACCACUGCACUAUCACAGCGUUCAAUAAAAGGGGCAUUCAGAUGAACUUCACACAGGUGGGGCUGCUUAUUUGGAAGGGAGUUCUGGUGGGCCGUGUGGUUUCAGAGGGUGGGGUGAGCAUUGGGAGCAGGACGCCUGCUCUGAGGAACGGCUCUGUACGGGGCCGCGAUGCUUGUGCUGGUCCAGAGAGGCAAAAAAGCUGAUGCUUUGAUCCUCUAUCCCAGGAUGGGUACAGGGGCAGGUCCAGGGCUCUCACCUCUCUCCUUCCUCCUUACUUUUCCAGAGGGGUGACCUCAAACACAGCCUGACAGCUGUAUCCAAACCCAAGUGUGUGUAGGGCCAGCAGCACUGGGAUGCUCUGUCUAGGGGCUUGCCCCAUGGAGCUGCAGAGCCAGCUCACAUCGCAGCCCUCCCGCUGUGGUGCUGGAGGAGACUGCUCCUGCCCCUGGGCUGUGGGGAUGGGACAUAGAUGACUCUGUGGGAAGCGCCAGAGGAGCAGGGCUGGGUUUAUACCCGAGCUCCUUUCCUGGCUGCUUGUGUGUGGAGCUGUCUGUGUGUGCCUUGUCAUGCUCUCGCCCUUCUGUGGAGGAUUUUGUUACAAGCUGAAGCCAAGCUAUUCCAUACAGGGCACAGGCAGUGUCGUUCAGUUUGGGGGGAGCACUGGGGCUGGGAUGCAAGUUUGUGUGAAUAAAUAUUCUUAAAAGUU